AUGACAGAGGAAUUGAGGAAAUAUUCCACUAUUAAAAACACUAUCUUCACCUUUUUUAGCAUUACAGUUUCUUUAGCAACAGGUUCCAUUUGCAUUGCUCUCAUAUCCAAAUUUCAUCAAAAUGAAGCUGUGCUGAUAAUUAUAACAUGCGCUACCUUCCUAUAUGCCAUGACAUGUCUAUAUUCUUUGGUUGUCCGUCUUCCUUCCAAUUCAAUGUCAGAUAAAGCAAUUAACAUUAUGGGAACAUUUUUCCAAAUCAUGACUUUAUGUUGUGCAAUUGAGUAUUUCAACUUCUCAAUUAAACAUAAAAUCAUAAGUUCUUCGAAACUACACACAAAUUUACUUAUCACAUUCGAUUCAUUAUUACUCUUUACAUUAUUUUUUAAUGGGAUCAUCAUUGGAAAUAAAAUGGAAUCUCCUUCUCAACAAAACUACACAACAGCUAGCAGCAAUACCAUAAACAAGCAAGAUGAAAAAUUUAUUGAAAAUGAUAAAUUCAUUCCAAUGAAAGAUUCAACACAGACAUUAACCCCGGCAAUGGAUAUGUUCUUCCCAAAAAAUUUCAAUAUGGAAACUUCUCCAGAUCCAAGAUCUUUAUGGACUGAUAAUGUGCUUGGCCAAGGAGGCAAAGCAUCAGUUGAUAACAAUUCUACAGGUUCAGUCAUAAGACAUACAUUGGGUCCCAUUAUUGUCCCAUCCCAAGGUUCGAUAAAUGGACUUCAUAAUAAAUCAGAGAUAAAGAAAAACCAUCACCAUCACAAUUUAUUUAAGUUGAGGGGAUUAGGUAUAAUUUCUCCAACUUUAAAGAAUAAGAAUAUGAGGAACAAUAAUAACAACCAUUCUCAAAAUUUACAAGAAGAAGGAGAAGGAGUACCAAAAAACACUAAAUAUAUUACAAGAUUAUCAACUAUAUCAGAUAUAUCAAAAAGUUUACUAAAUGUCUUAGGAACGCCAAACCAAUCUCUUGAAGGUACAGCGAAACAAGAAAGACCAACAAGUAAACAACAAUCUUUAGAAAGACCAUUUUCUAUCAUGAUUGAUAACUCUCAUUUGAAAACAUUAUCUGAGGUUCGUUCAGCAGCAAUUUCCCCUGCUUUAGAACAAGAAAAAAUCGCAAUCGGUAGAAUAAAUAAUGCCCUAUUACCACCAUGUUUACGUCUUGAACAUAAUAAUAAUAGUAACAAUCGAUUACCUUCUUCCAUAACUGAAGAACAAAUUAGUCAAAUUACAAGACCUGUGUCCCCAUUAAUACCAGAAAUUCCAACAUUAGCUUCGACAAACGAAGCCGUAAACGGUACUGUGAAGAUAGAAGGUGUGAAUGGAAAUUUUGUUCAUGAAGAAGUAGAAUUUGAAAAUGUAGUGUUAGCUUUGGAUCAACAAGCUAUACCAAAUCUAGAUUUUAAUGACAAUUUCCAUUCAAAUUCAAUUGAACAUAUAGAAUUACCAAAUAAGGUUACAAUGGAAAUGUGGGAGAAGAAUAAAAAUCAAUUUUUACAAAGAGCAACUAGUUUACAACAACAACUUCUAUUAUCACCUUUCCAAAUGGAUCCUAAUACAAAUACAAUGAAUUUAGCGAUUUCAAGUGAGGAAUUACAAUCCAGUGAUGCAUAUAGUUUCCCAAGAAAGCCUUCCAUUGUCAAUAAUGCUCAAUUAAAGCAGCAAGAAAUUGUGAAUGAUGACGCUAUUAGUGAAUUAGAUGAAUACUUAAAUGAAUUCGAAAUAAAUGAGUUAAAUGAGAGUCAAAUUAUGGAAGAUAGUUUAAAACAACCUAUUACGAACACGUAUCCAAAUGAACAAUUUCAGACAAACAAUUACACAACAGAUAAUAGCAGACAACAUUCUCCAACUAAAUCAAUCAUGUCCAUAAUUAGUGGUGGUGGAAAUACAAACCAUUCACUACAUCAUCAUCAGAAUCAUCAUCGAAAACAAAAUUCAAUUACUAAUUUCCUAACUGGGAAUUCACAUACAAGGACUCCAUCACAAAUGACAUAUAUGCAUUCUAAUUCUAAUUCCAAUCCCCCAUCUCCAACAAGGUCACAAAUAUUAAAAAGGAUUGGGAAAAAACUUUCAUUAUCGAACAUUUCUGAUUCCAUGUUGCCUCAUUCAUUUUCAAAUGAAUCCCCCUCAUCUCCAAUCCCUGGUAAUAAUGAAUUAUUUAAUUUCCAUACAUAUGGUGGUUUUCAUCAAGAUCAACAUCAAUAUCAUAAUAGAGGGAAAAGUCUUGAUUUCAGUUAUCUUCAUUCAUUACAAAAUUCUCCCAUGAAACAGACAUCCGGAAUGUCACGAAGUGGGUCAACUUACCAAAAUAGAAGAAAUAGUCUCAAACCCAGUAAGUCCCUAGCUCCUCCCCUUCCUGUAAAUUCGAAUUUUUACAAGCAGAAAAACAAUAUUACAUAUUCAUUCACUAAUAAUAAUAGCAAUGUUGAGUUGGAAUCACCAUCAUUAAUCCUUCGAAGAACUAGUUCGAAUCCAGACUCUCAUAGAUCAAGCCUCGUAUCUUCUAAAGAUUCCGGUACCGAAUAUCCUGAUAUUGUAAUGAGUCAAUAUGAUAGAGAAAGAUGGAAUACUAUAACGAAUUUACAUCUCAAUGAACCUCGGAUUGAUAAUGAAUAA